AUGGCAGCCAUAUCCCACUCCACCACCACCACCACCACCACUACCGACGACAUCUUCGUCACAACCAACCCCACCGUCGCAGAAAAAGCCCACAAACAUCAAGCAAUAUGCAACGGGACAGUCCAAACGAGCAACGGGCUGGCCCAAGCACCCAACGGCCCACUCACGUACACCAACCCAUUACCACUAAAAGACCGUGUAGCCAUCGUCACCGGCGGCUCCGGCGGCAUCGGCUCGGCAAUCAGCGUCCACCUCGCCACCCUCGGCGCCCGAGUCAUUGUCUCCUAUCUCGGCGACCCGACUCCAGCCGACGCCGUCGUCUUCUCCAUCAACUCCCUCUCUCUCCCCCUCUCACCCCCGCGGGCCAUCAAAGUAGAAACCGACGUAUCGGACGAAGCCCAAGUCAAGGCCUUGUUCGACAAAGCCCAACAGGCCUUCGGCCCACAAAUUCACAUUCUGGUUACCACUGCUGGAAUCCAAGAUCCAACCUAUCCUCAUAUAAUAAACAGCUCUGUAAACCAGUGGGAAAGGGUCUUCAAUGUGAACGCGAAGGGGACUUUUAUGUGCUGUAGAGAAGCGGCGAGGAGGCUGGUGAAGGGAGGCGGCGGGAGGAUAAUAACGAUGUCGUCGUCGACGGUGGGAUCGAUACGGGAGGGAUACGGAGCGUAUGCGGCGACGAAGGCGGCGAUAGAGGUGAUGACGAGGGUGAUGGCGAAGGAGUUGAAGGGGACGGGGAUUACGGCGAAUGCGGUGGCGCCGGGGCCGAUUGCGACGGCGAUGUUUUAUGAGGGGAAGACGGAGGAGAAGGUGAAGGCGGCGUCGGAGUUGAGUCCGAUGGGGAGGUUGGGGGAGCCGAGGGAUGUGGCGCCGAUGGUGGGGUUUCUGGCCGGUGAUGCUGCAGAGUGGAUUAAUGGUCAGGUUAUAAGAAUUAAUGGCGGUUAUGUUUAGUUUAGGAGAAAUACGGUGAUGUUUUGCUUAUCAGUAUUUUAUUAUUAUUUUUUUU